CGCAACGACAGUAAUGGAUUUGGGACAGCUCUUGUAUAUUUUUCAGUUAAAUAAAUCGGUUUUGGUUUAGUUUUUACGUCGGAUACUCUUCUGGCGUAACUGUAGCCGGGAAUUUUAAUUAUUAUACCAGGAAAUUUAAGAACGUGUACCAUUAUACCAGCAGGUCCAAUUUGGGACGGCACUCCGCUGUCACGGUGGGCAAGCCUGCCCCAGGAACUAACCCUGGAACUUACCGAUCCUGGACGCAGUUGUGGCUCAGUCGGAGCUGAAGGCAGAACGUCGUGUUGCUUUCUGGGGUCCAUUCUAACGCCAUGGCUGAACAUAUGCAUGUCAACACGCCGCUAUUGGAGAGCAUCGCCAUGUCCAAACGUGUGGGAACCACCGUGUAUUUGAAAAUGGAGAAUUCCCAGCCCUCUGGUUCUUUUAAGAUACGUGGCAUCGGACACCUGUGCCAGCAGCUUGCGCCACGAUCUAAAGGAAUCGUCUGUUCCUCAGGUGGGAAUGCUGGGAUGGCGGCUGCUUAUGCAGCUCGAAAAAUGCGCGUGCCGGCCACCGUUAUACUUCCCUCGACAACCCCUCAGUUUGUUGUCCAGAGACUACAGGAGCAAGAUGCUACUGUGAAGGUGGUGGGCAAGGUCUGGGAUGAUGCUCACGCCGAGGCGCUUAGAAUUGCUGAGACCGAAGGACUUGUCUAUGUGCCUCCGUUUGACCAUCCUUUGAUAUGGCAGGGCAAUGCCAGUGUCAUCACAGAGGCUGCAAGCGCCCUGGGUCCAAGCGUCAAGCCUGGAGCGGUGUUGGUAUCUGUGGGUGGAGGGGGGCUCCUCUGCGGCGUCGUCCAGGGCCUGAAGGACGUAGGCUGGGUGGAUGUUCCCAUCAUUGCCAUGGAGACCGUCGGGGCCGACUGUUUGAAUGCGUCCGUUAAGGCCGGGAGGAUGGUCACCUUGGAUGACAUCACCAGCGAAGCCACGUGUCUUGGGGCGAAGACAGCCUGCAGGAAAGCGUUUGAAUACACUCAAAGUAAUGAAGUCACAAUCAUUUCGGAACUGGUGACUGACGAGCAGGCGCUUGGUGCCGUGGAGACAUUCCUGGAUGAGGAACGCGUCCUGGUGGAGUUGGCCUGCGGAGCGGCUCUAGCAGCCGUCUACAGUGGGCUCGUGCAGAGACUACAGGCUGAAGGUGCUGAAGGUGGCGAGCGUAGCUGCGGAGUACAUGAAUUGAUCUGCGUCAGAAAAGUCUCUCCAGAGGUGCUGGGAUUUUUGACGGCCAUCGGACUCUUCAUCACGCUCAUCACUCUCCUCUUCUGGUACCUCAACAACAAGUCCAUGCUCGACAAUGCAGGGAGCCUUCAGUGCCUCGAUGACUUCAGGAAAAGUACCGAGUUACAAGAAAAGGUUUACGCUGAUGGUGACCAGGAGUGCUCAUCAUCAGACAGCGAGGAUGAGCUGAUGGGUCAGUACCAGGAAGCAGUCAGUCGAGCGCAAGGUCUCCGAGGAGCCAACGCGUCCACUCAUGUCAAACACGCGGGAAGAUUCAGGUGGGAGAGUCGACAGAAGUACAGCCCCCUGACGGCCGAAUACGACGGCUACUGCAGCGACGCUUCAGCUGAUGACGCCAACUGCAUUCAGAGAAUGAGGCGGACACCGCCCCUGGACGAACUCCAACCGCCGCCCUACCAGGAUGAGAACGGUUCCCCGCGGAUGUCUUGCACGCUCUCAGACCUGGGCGAUGCCAAGUGUGAUCUCUCCCAGACCAGCGGCAGCCCCCACCUUUCCUUCCACAAAUGCACGAGUGACGGAAGCGACGGCCACGAGACCGAGAGUUAUCUCAACAAGGGCUAUGAGGAGGACGUGCCCAGUGACAGUACCGCUGUCCUCAGCCCAGAGGAGAUGUCAGCCCGUGGUUCAGCAGCGCAGCUCCUCAAAGGCUACGAACCAGAUCCAGUUGCCAAGUACGGCACCCUGGAUGUCGUGUUUGACUACGAUCCGGAGGAGCAGCAGCUGGCGGUGACCAUCAUGGCGGUUACAGACCUCCCCAUGCUAAAGCACACCGGCAACAUCUCCUGGCAGGUCCACCUGGUGCUGCUGCCCACCAAAAAGCAGAGAGCAAAGACGGGCAUCCAAAGAGGCCCCUGCCCUCUUUUCACAGAGACCUUUCACUUCUGCCACAUGGAGUCCGAGAUGAUCGGCAACUACGCCAUUAGAUUUCGUCUUUACAGCAUGCAGAGGAUGAAGAAGGAAAAAGUGCUUGGAGAAAACGUGUUUUAUCUCACCAAGCUCAAUCUUCAGGGGAAAAUGUCCGUGCCAGUCAUAUUGGACCCAUGCUGCACCUAUCCGGGUGCGGAAUCCCAGAUCAGUCUGUCAGAUUUGACGUGCAGUGAAAGCGCCUUGUCGUUUCCGUCAGUGAGUCAGACCUCCACACCUGAGAUCCUGGUGGGUCUGGUGUACAACGCCACAACGGGACGUCUGUCAGUAGAGGUCAUUAAAGGCAUCCAUUUUAAGAACCUCGCUGCCAAUAAGCCACCCACUGCCCAACCCUUGUUGUCAGACGGGCUGUUCUGUUGCCUAAAACACUUGAUAGGUGGACAGGUUUAUAUUAUCAGAGACACGUAUGUUAAGCUGACCUUACUGAACUCCAUGGGCCACGAGAUGUCCAAGUGUAAAACGUCCAUCUGCCGAGGCCAGCCCAACCCCACCUACAAAGAAACCUUUGUCUUCCAGGUAGCCCUUUUCCAGCUAUCGGAUGUCACGCUUAUCCUCUCGGUGUACAACAAGCGCAGCAUGAAACGCAAGGAGAUGAUUGGUUGGAUCUCUCUUGGGCUCAACAGCUCUGGGGAGGAAGAGCUCACCCACUGGACGCUGAUGAAAGAGUCCAAAGGACAGCAGGUUUGCCGCUGGCACAGUUUGUUAGAAUCCUAACGGCGCCACUAAGGUACACAGUGUCACGUCGAUGUGAACGUCAAAAAAAUGGUGUCCUCAGAUGAUGAAGGUGAAGGAGCCAUAUGUAUGCACCAGGGAGGAUUUAUCAAUCAGUGAAUAGGCUAAAGAUAGCAAGGGUGUUCUAACACUAAGCCAAUGGCGCCAUGUCCUGGCCUGCUUUACACCUAAAGAGUGUCUGAGCGCACUAAUUGAACACCCCUGCUCUGGUACGAUUGGAAGACGUUAACGAGGCACGGCGCGAUUCUAUGCAUAUGCACACACAUAGCUGCAUCAUGCUCGUCAUCGGUUAUGAACGAUAAUCGAAACGAUUCGUAACGGAAACACUCAAAAUGAUCCAAAAGUCGGACAUUUAGUAGGUAAACAGAACCGAGUCCAGCAUGGCACGAUGGAUUAGUGUGACUAAAUCACUGCACGGUGAUAAAAAAGUGGUUUGCUCGCAGGCCUCACAGCUUGGAGACCCGAGUUCAAUUCCACCCUCAGCCAUCUCCGCGUGGAGUUCGCGUGCUCUCCCAGUGCAUGCGUGGGUUUUCUCCGGGUACUCCGGUUUCCUCCCACAUUCCAAAAACAUGCUAGGUUAAUUAGCAACUCCAAAUUGUCCAUAGGUAUGAAUGUGAGUGUGAAUGGUUGUUUGUCUAUAUGUGCCCUGUGAUUGGCUGGCGACCAGUCUAGGGUGUACCCCGCCUUACGCCCGAAGACAGCUGGGAUAGGCUCCAGCACCCCCCGCGACCCUCGUGAGGAAAAGCGGUAGAAAAUGAAUGAAUGAAUAAAUUAAAUUAAAUUAAAUCAAAUAUUUAAUUUAAUUAAAUAUUUAAUUUAAUUUAAUAUUUAAUUUAAUUUAAUAUUUAAUUUAAUAUUUAAUUUAAUUUAAUUUUAUUGUCCAAAUUAAAUUAAAUAUUUAUUUAAAUUUUUUAAUUACAUUUUUAAAAAAGU